UCGCCCUCAUCUUACCCACAAGCUAGGUGUAUAAUAUAUACCAGCAACGUGCCGUUUGCACUCGCACACAAGGCGCAGAUCGACAUGGGCUUCGCCGCUGCUGCCGCCGACGACGCCGGCAAGCCGCACGCCGUGCUGGUGCCGUUCCCGGCGCAGGGCCACGUCACGCCGAUGCUGAAGCUGGGAAAGAUCCUCCACUGCUGGGGCUUCCACGUCACCUUCGUGAACAGCGAGUACAACCACCGCCGCCUGCUCCGGUCCCGCGGCGCGGGCGCGCUCGACGGCCUCCCGGGCUUCCGCUUCGCCACCAUCCCGGACGGCCUGCCGCCGUCCGACGCGGACGCCACCCAGGACGUUCCCUCCCUCUGCCGCUCCACGGAGGAGACCUGCCUCCCGCAUUUCAGGGCCCUGCUCCAAGCUCUCAACGCCGCCUCAUCAUCCCCUGACGACGACGUGCCGCCGCCGGUCACCUGCGUCGUCGGCGACGGCACCAUGAGCUUUACCUUGGAGGCCGCCAGGGAGAUCGGCGUCCCGUGCGCUCUCCUCUGGACUGCCAGCGCCUGCGGUUACAUGGGCUACCGUUACUACCGCACCCUCAUCGACAAGGGCAUCUUCCCGUUGAAAGAGGAGCAGCUGACGAACGGGUUCUUGGACACGCCGGUGGACGGGAUGAGCAAGCACAUGAGGCUCAAGGACUUCCCAAGCUUCAUCCGCUCCACGGACCCCGACGAGUUCAUGGUCCACUACGCCAUUAGGGUGACGGGUCAGACAGCCGGCGCGGACGCCGUCGUCCUCAACACCUUCGACGAGCUCGAGCAGGAGGCGCUCGACGCCAUGCGCGCCGAGACGAUCCCACCUGCAGCGACGUCCAUCAACACCAUCGGCCCGCUCGCCCUCCUCGCCGAGCAGAUCGUGCCCAAGGGCGGCCACCACCAGCUCGACGCGCUGGGCUCCAACCUCUGGAAGGAGGACGUGUCCUGCUUCCGCUGGCUCGACGGCAGGGCGCCCAGGUCGGUGGUGUACGUGAACUACGGCAGCAUCACGGUGAUGACCGACGAGGAGCUGGUGGAGUUCGCGUGGGGUCUGGCCAACAGCGGCCACGACUUCCUGUGGAUCAUCCGGCCGGACCUCGUCAGUGGCGACGCCGCCGUGCUGCCGCCGGAGUUCCGGGAGGCGACCAAAGGGCGCGGCCUGCUGGCGAGCUGGUGCCCGCAGGACGCGGUGCUGCGGCACGAGGCGGUGGGCGUGUUCCUGACGCACUCCGGGUGGAACUCGACGCUGGAGAGCCUCUGCGCCGGGGUGCCAAUGCUGUGCUGGCCGUUCUUCGCGGAGCAGCAGACCAACUGCCGGUACAAGUGCACGGAGUGGGGCGUGGGCGUGGAGAUCGGCCACGACGUGCGGCGGGAGGCCGUGGAGGCGAAGAUACGGGAGGCCAUGGACGGGGAGGAAGGAAAGGAGAUGCGUCGCCGCGCGUUGGAGUGGCGGGACACCGCCGUGCGCGCGACGCAGCCCGGCGGGCGCUCGUACGCCAAUCUGCAGAAGCUGGUGACUGACGUGCUCCUCUCGGGUGGCAAUGGCAAGAGUUCUUAAUCCUCUUUGCUGUUACCACUGCUCGGCCAUGUGCGUGCAUGCAUACCCAUGCCACGACGGCAACACCGAACAUUUGUUUUGGGAUAAAGCUCAACUAUAACAUGCAUGUGUUUUGUCAAAAAAAAACUAUAACAUGCAUGUAAGGUUCUCAACCAUCAAAUGCACCUAUGAGUGUGUACUCAAAUAAUGGUUGUACAUGGAGUUAGUUGUACUCUCUAGUGUGUGCUAUGUAUUAUGCGCCCUCUUGUUGGCAUUAUUGUUGUACUGUUUGGGUCUGGUGUCGAAUGGGCACAAUAGCUAUGUACUUCUUCCGUCCAAAAAUAAAUGUCGCUAUGGCUCUUAAGUUUGAUUAGGUUUA